AUGAGGCAGCUCUACCAAGACUGUGUGACAUCAAUAGUGGAAUACGCCUCUACCGUCUGGCACAACCCGUUGAAGGAUAAAAUUCACCUAAAAUCGCUCCGAAUAGUGCAAAGGACAGCCUUGAUCCGUAUCCUCUCUGCAUUCAAGACGGUGUCGAGCGUAGCUCUAGAGGCAGAAUCCUAUAUACUACCAACUUACCUACGUCUCAAACAACGUGCGCAGAUAUUGGCGGCUCGCCUUAGUACGCUACCAAAUGAUCACCCAGCCCGUGCAGCAGUGGAAAGAGCAAAAAUACGCAGCAAGCAUAUAGGACUAGGUCAUCGAUUCUCGCUAGCAGAAACCCUCAAGACAAUGGAUCUUGGGAGAUUUAGGGCCCUGCAGAGCGAGGGCCUGGAGGAUGCUGAACUGCGUUGGAUCCCCGCUCACAUCGGGGUGAAAGGAAACGAAAAGGCGGAUAAGGCAGCCAAGGAGGCUGCGAUAAGAGGAGUUGAACUAAGCUCAGUGAGGCCGCGGGAUCGACCGAUUAUACGGCUCGCGGCUGCAGCUAAAAGAGAUGUCCGCCAACGCUUGCGUACGGAGUGGACAAAGCAGUGGGAAAGGCAGAAAGUAGGUAGGCCGACGAGGCGGCUGCUGCCUAAACCAGACAAGAAGAACGUACAGCUCUAUGAGCAUCUCAGUAAGGCGCACACCUCGAUUAUUAUUCAGAUGCGCACUAUAAGGAUAGGAUUAAGGCACUUCCUCUACAAGAUCAAACAGGUCGACUCCGACCGGUGCGCCUGUGACCUAGGGUCCCAGACCCCUAGGCAUGUCCUUCUGGAGUGCUCGCUGCACACGACCGGCCGGAGGAUAAUGAUGGAUCACCUCAAUCAGAUAGAGGGGCUGCGUGGGCGUAUACAGGAUUACGACGCAGUUAUAGCACACCCGCAGGCGAUCCGCUACGUCGCCGAAUUUAUGCAACAAACAGGCCUCCUUUAA